AACUAUACCAAAACAACAGAGUUUGCGCAGAUCAGACGAUGUCUGUGCUACCCAAUUUGCUUUUGAAAAGUAUAUCGAGCGCACAUAUUUCGUUCAAAAAAAUAUUUGUUCCGCGGAAAAUUGUGUUUAAUCGAGCGAAAAGUAGUUGUAAAGUGUGAAAAAUAGUGUAUUAAGUGAUAAAGCAAGUUCAGUUGUUUUAAUUUUAAGGGCAUUACAUAGUAAUGCGGGACCUUGCGAAUAAGAUGGCAGAGCUCAAGUUUGAGGCCCCACUUGCUCAAUGCGAGGAAACCGAUGAGUGGGGUCCAGUGGAGUAUCAAACAUCAAAUUCUAACAUCACAAAGAAAUCUGCCAUCAAUAAUGCCGUAAACUUGAAUAAUAUUCAAGAUUCCAUGAUGACUAAAGCAGAAAUCAACGACAGUGAAGUGAACGAAGUGAAUUAUAACACAUUAAAAUCCGCUGUAAAAAGUUCUAAUGGGAAUAACAUCACCCUUACCAAUGUGGAUGUGAACAACAAAAUCAAUAUUAUGAAGGAUAACGUCGACAAUUUUGCGGAAGGGUUCACGGGUAGCUUGGAGGAUCUAGUCAAUACGUUUGAUGAAAAAAUCACAAAAUGUUUCGGAAAUUACGAGCAAUCUGUGGAAGAACUGGCCCCAGUGCAGGUCCGGUCACAGGACGAAAUCAUGAGCGAAUGCCAGAUGUGGUGGACAAUUACCGGAAAUUUUGGAAACAUACUACCAAUCGAUUGGUCCAAAACCUACGCGAGACAAAUGCACGUACCGACCCUGAAACUGGCAUCAUCUUCCGACCGUACCAACUAUAAUGACAUACAGGAUCUCAGCUCCGAAGACGAGGCUGUUGCAAACGAUUUGGAUAUGCACGCGUUGAUACUGGGAGGCCUUCACACCGACAAUGAUCCGAUCAAGACAGCGGAAGAAGUCAUUAAGGAGAUUGACGAUAUCAUGGACGAAAGCGCUUCCGAGGACGGCAUAGUUGGCAACGAGAUGAUGGAAAAGGCCAAAGAAGUUCUUGGAUCUCCCCUCUAUGAAGAAAAGCUACGCUCUCUAAGCAUUACUCAACUGAACGAACUCUACAUGGAGAUGGAAGUUUUAAUCAGAGAAUUUUCGGAAACUCUUAUAUCGGAGUUGGCCCUACGAGAUGAGUUAGAGUACGAAAAGGAGCUGAAGAACACAUUCAUUUCCCUGUUGUUGGCUGUACAAAAUCGUCGUCGCCAAUUUCAUGUCGAAAGGAAGAAGGGCAAGUCGCAAAAUAAGCCAGUGGCGGUUACAAGCAAUGGAACAGAACCAAAGUAUCUUACCACGGUAAUACCGUAUAACCUGGAAACUGCACCAGACAACCAAACUCUACAAAUACUCAUUAAAAUUUUGAAAGCCAUAAAUGAAGAUAGUCCGACGGUCCCGACUCUUCUUACUGACUAUAUUUUGAAGGUUUUAUGUCCAACAUAAGGAGGAAAUAUUCCUAACAUAGCUUGAAAAUACUCUUACUCGCGCGCGUAUAAACAUUAAGCUGCUAUUUAGAACGCACGUUAAAAAAAGCUUUGUUCUUGAUGUCAUGUGGACUCAUUGAAAUAUUACCGCAAGAAAAUGUAACAAGAAUAAUAUGCACCUAAAGUAAUUAUUUUAAAUUUCGUAACGGUGGUUCAAAGCUUAGUGGAAAUGAAUAAAAUAAAAACAUUAACCUAA